AGCAAUUGUUAUAAAGCAUCCUUUUCCCGCUACUGGAAGCUUCAUACUGUGCUUGUCGUGAUAUACAGCUAUUCAUUACACAAACUCGUUAUGGGCAAGAGAAGUAGUCCAUAUACUCAUGAGGAGCCGCUUUCCGAAAGAGAACAGAGAAUCUUGACCAAGUACAAAAGCCAGACAUUGGGAGAUUUGCGUCGAUAUAAGUCUAGAGAACGAACAUACUUUGACUCCGGAGAUCUUGCUCUCUCCGAAGCUAACAGAGUGACCGAUGAAGGAAUUCUACAGACUGGCACCGCUCAUCCUUCACGGCAAACCAUUUCUCGUCCACAUGCCCCGGUACCCGAAGGAAGUAAUGUGGAUAAUCGUGCGAAUGAGGAAGUGCUUCGCAGAGUGAGUCCAGGUCGUGAGAUAUAUAAAAGCCACUUGAACCAGAAAGCUAUUAUAAAUGACCAUCCCGGACAGAAGUAGUCUAUUUGGAUGGCUGGGUAUAUACCGCGUAGGGGUCGGAAUAUCCAGCACUGAACUGAUCGGAUCUGAAUUUCUUGUGCCAAACAUAAUCCUUACCUUAAACCCUUAGUUUUUCCGACAGUGAUCUCUUUGGUUCAUGGCCAAUUGUCCCACUAUGGCUCGGUUACUCCCUGUUGAUGCAUUUCUUGGCCUGUCCGAGGUACUCCAAAUUCCAGAGAAAUAACAA